GACGUGGGAGUGAUUUUGGACAUGGAAACCGACCAAGGAAAGAUGGGUCUUACCUGCAUUUCCAUGGCCAUGUCCGAUUUCUACUCAAAUAUUAUUUACAAUUCUCAUUCAAAAUAUCACAAAACCAGAAUUUCCCUCCAUGUUAGAGACUCCAAAGGAACCGUUCUUGCUGCUUCUGCUGCAGCUUUGGACCUUUUGAAAAACGUGGGAGUAGAAGCCAUCAUAGGGCCUCCAACCUCAAUGCAAGCUGACUUUCUCAUUAAUUUGGGGGAAAUUGCUCAAGUUCCGAUUCUAUCUUUUUCGGCUACAAGUACGUUUCUCUCUUCCCUUCGAAGCGAUUACUUUUUUCGUGCCACAUUCAAUGACUCGACUCAAGUUGAUGCUAUUGCAUCUCUUAUUCAUUCCUUUGGGUGGCGAGAAGUAGUUCCCAUUUACGUGGACAAUGAAUUUGGAGCAGCUAUCUUGCCAUUUCUUGCCAAUGCCUUGCAAAAUGUUGAUGUUAGAAUUUCUCAUAGAACUUCUAUUCAUCCUUUAGCUAGCGAUGACGAGAUAUUAAUCGAGCUUUAUAAGCUUAUGACGAUGCAAACUAGGGUUUUCAUUGUACAUAUGGACCACAAGCUUGGUUUUCGAUUAUUCAACAAGGCCAAACAGAUUGGGAUGAUGAAUGAAGGAUAUGCCUGGAUCACAACCAAUGGAAUAACAAAUUCGUUAAGUAUAAUCGACCCUUCUAACUUAGUCGGGAUGGACUCAAUGCACGGGGUUCUUGGAAUAAAACCUCACGUUCCCAGAACAAGGCGACUAAAAGAUUUCGUAUCCAGAUGGAAGAAUGAAGCCCGGAAAAGUAACUUAGAUGAUACAAAUCUAAAUAUUUUCAGGUUAUGGGCGUAUGAUGCUGCAACUGCACUUGCGAUUGUCGUCGAAAAGGCCUAUCAGAUUAACUCAGUUGCUGGGAAAACGAGAGGACUAAACAUUACAACAAACUUAAACUCAAGCGGUACGAAUGAUCUUGAGACAAUUGGAGUUUCUCAAAUGGGAAAAUAUAUUAGCCAAGAAUUAUCGAGAACUAGGUUUAGAGGCAUUGGUGGAGAUUUCCAUAUCAUAAACGGGGAGUUACAAUCAUCCGCCUUCCAAAUUGUAAACUUUAUUGAUGAUCUUCGUGAGAGAGGGAUCGGGUUUUGGACGCCAACAAAUGGGAUAUCGAGACAAUUGGAGAAUAACAGCCGAGUUAAUUCCAAUACCAAAUUACUCAAGCCUGUCAUUUGGCCCGGCGAAGGUCGAUCAAAACCAAGGGGUUGGGAUAUUCCGUUGAAAGGAAAACGAUUGAGGGUUGGAGUGCCUGUGAAUGAGGGAGACGGAGACUUGGUGAAAGUUAUAAGAGAAGAGAACACCAAUGUGACCAAAGUUACUGGCUAUUGUAUUGAUGUAUUUGAUGCUGUUAUGGCUAGAAUGCCAUAUUAUGUUCCUUACGAUUACAUCCCUUUCGAGAACCCUAGUGGGAAGGCGAUUGGUAACUACAAUGACUUGGUGUACCAGGUUUUUCUCGGGAACUACGAUGUCGUGGUUGGAGAUGUGACGAUAUUAGCAAACAGAUCUUUGUACGUGGAUUUUACGUUACCAUACAUGGAGUCUCGGGUGAUGAUGAUCAUGCCCUACAUGGACAAGAAAACUAAAAAUCCUUUGGCUUUCUUGAAGCCAUUAACAUGGGAUCUAUGGGUCACUAGUGGGUGUUUCUUCAUCUUCGUUGGAUUUGUGAUUUGGAUUCUUGAACAUAGAUCGAACGGUGAUUUUGGUGGCUCUCAACUUCGUCAAGUCAGCACUAGCUUUUGGUUCUCCUUCUCUAUAAUGUUCCUUACACAUAGAGAACAGGUGGUUAGCAAUUUGGCUAGACUAGUUGUGAUCAUAUGGUGCUUUGUGGUUCUAAUUUUGACCCAGAGCUACACGGCUAGCUUGACAUCAUGGAUGACAGUUCAACAGCUCGAGCCAUCAAUUACAGAUGUUCAAGAUCUUAUCAAUAGAGGACAGAGUGUUGGAUACCCUAAAGGCUCCUUUGUUUUGACCUACCUUACACAUAUGGGUUUUAAGGAUUCUCAACUUAAGAUGUACAAGUCAACUGAAGAAUUGGAUGCCAUAUUCUCGAACAAAAGUAUACUCGCCGCGUUCGAUGAAAGCCCUUAUUUGAAGCAAUUUGUUCUGAAAUACUGCUCAAAGUAUAUAAUGGACAUGAGACCUAUUUCUAUGACUGGAGGCUUUGGAUUUGGUUUCCCGAAAGGAUCACCAUUGGUUCCCGAUGUGUCUAGGGAGAUCUUGAACGUGAUUGAAAAUGAUCAAAAGAUAGAGAAACUGGAAAAAGCAUUGUUUAAGGAUUGCCAACAUCAAGAUUCAAAAGUAGAUUCAAACAGACUCAGUCUCGGGAAUUUUUGGGCAUUGUUCCUCAUUGUUGGCGUUGCUUCUUCCUUCGCUGUCAUUAUAUUCCUCGCCAUGUUAAUCUACGAGCAUAGACAUUUCUUGAUGCAAUACGAUCUCAAAUCUUGGCUGAAGAGAAUGAAAUACAAGGGGAAAAAAACCCACAAAGAUAAUAUGGAUCUUCACCAAAUUGAAAAUGAUCAUCAUGAUGAUAUUGGAGAGGUACUAGCACCAGUUGGUAAUGUAACAUUCACUCCAUCCCCGGGUGCUCCCUUCAUUCCUAGCAGGUCUAGUAUUUCCGAAGACAUGGACUUUGUCGAUACGAGUGGAAGAGAACGCGAAACUUAUUCAACCUUCGUGCCCGGGCCAAGCUCGUUUGGUCACGAAAUCCAACUCCAAGAGAUAAUUGAAGUUCAAAAUCAAGAUAGACAAGGCCUGGCAGAUAUUCAAGAACUUACCCUAAGGAUUCAUUAAGGAAUGCAUCAAUAAUCACAUAUAAUAGAUGUUUUUAUC